UAUUUCAGUAAAAAUAGAUAGGUUUGAAGAUGAUUUAGUGUUUGACUAUAAAGCUUUGGAUAAAGACUUGAAAAAUGCAAAUGAAGAAAAUAUUGAGAAACAUAAUGAUAUUAAUAAUAAAGAGUAUAAAAAAACCAGAUGUGAUAAUAAUUAG